CAAUGCAGAUUCACUGCAAUAUUACCUUUUUGAUGGUCAUGUAGCUUUUUUUCUUUUUUUCUUUUAUCAGCGUAUUGAAGCUGGUGGAAUUGGCACACCGAACACUAUUGGUAGUUAGCUUCCUUGCAAAGGAUGAAUUCCACUGCUUACUAGCAACUAAUGUUUAUAUUCUAUUUACCUUAAUUCUUGACUAAAAGUACAUAGUAGUUAGAAGUGCCUAUUUUAGUUGUUAGCAUUUGUAAAUUGUGACUAAUCAGGUUGAUGAUUCUAAGAUAGCAUCUUGUUUUGCUUGCAUGAAGAGGCCCAACCACAUCAUGCUAAAUAUUUUAUCUUCAGUUAUCUAACUUACAUCUAGUCAAUGUUAGUUUCUCUAAGUUUUCUUGUAUUAAUGAAGAUGUAAGUCAGGUAAACACACGACUGAGAAGCCAGUUUUGACAAAGCCAGCUGUUCCUGCAAAGAAUCCAAUUUCCACUCCUUCAGUUUCUGCCACCAAUGCUCUAUCAAAGGAAUCUUGCUCUAGGUGCCGUCAGGGCUUCUUUUGCUCAGAUCAUGGUACUGUCAGUUGCAUGCUCUUACUUAUUUAGUGUCUUAGAGAUGAGCUGUGAUAUAUUUUCUAAUGCCUGCUUGCUGUACUCAGAUAGUACACCAACAUGAUUGAUGAGGUUAUAUAUAUA